UUGAGGAAGCUCCAGUGCAGAAUGUGGAUAAUGGUUUGAGACCCGCUGAACUUCUAUCGAGCUCGUAGUAUAUUAGUUCAUAUUUAAGGACAUUCAGUAUUUACCGGGAACCUGUCCCAUCAGUAUACAUUUUUGUUUGUAUAUGUCAUAGGCGUGGUUAAUAACCGGAACAGAAGCUAGCCGCGUAUAUUUGUAAAUAAGAGACAGUUGAUGUUGACAGCUGUAACGUGGACUUUAUAUCCAGACAUGCUGCUUUGAUGUUACAUCGUCAAUAUGAAGCCUUUUAUAUUGUACUUGCUCUACAUGCUAUUUGCAUUAUUUUCCGUCCAUUGUGCGGUGAAACCAGUACCUACAGCGGAAGGCAUGAGAAAUGAGGAAGAGGAGCGAGAGUUUGAUACCCUCCACUCCUUACUGUCGGACUAUGAGGUUCUGCCUGCAUCAGGGCUCCAGCUUCACUCUGUCAGAAAGAGGGACAUUGAUGCCCGGUCAUAUGUGGAGCGGCUGGUUAGCUUCACAGCACUUCAGAGGCACUUCAAGUUAUACUUGACGACGAACACAGAGCUUUUCACAGAUGACUUCAAAGUUGUGUUUGUAGAUAAGUAUGGAAAUGAGGACCAAUAUGAUGUUCAGUUGCAGAAUUACUUCAAAGGACAUGUAGUUGGAGAGGAGUACUCCCGUGUGCAAGCACAUAUCGAUGGGGAGGAGUUUUCUGCCCACAUUCUCACAGAUGAAGCUGAAUACAAUGUGGAGCCUUUGUGGCGGUUUGCAGAAACGCCUCCUGAUGGCCGUUUGCUUGUGUACCGCUCAGAGGACAUAAAGAACAUCAGUCGACUAUCCUCUUCCAAAGUGUGUGGAUAUGUGAAUGCCGAUGCCCAGGAGCUGCUGCCAACUGAGGCAAGAGCAGUGGUAGAAACAGAACAGGAGGAAGAACCUCACCGUAUUGAGAGGAGAUCUGCACAUGACCACAAGAAAAACACCUGCCCUCUGCUGUUAGUGGCAGACCAUCGCUUCUACAAGCACAUGGGACGUGGAGAGGAGAGCACCACCCUCAACUACUUGAUUGAGCUGAUAGACCGAGUGGACGAUAUCUACAGGAACACAUCAUGGGACGAUGAGUACAAAGGAUAUGGUGUGCAGAUUCAGCAGAUAAUAAUAAACCACGAGCCCACAAAAGUUGGCCCAGGAGAGGUUCACUAUAACAUGGAUGGCAGCCCAUUAGGAAGAAAAGAUGGUGUGUGGGAUGUAAAGAAGCUUCUAGAACAAUUCAGUUAUGACAUCGCAGACAAUGCCUCUCUAGUUUGCCUUGCCCAUCUCUUCACCUAUCAAGACUUUGAUGAUGGGACUCUUGGUCUUGCAUACGUGGCCCCUUCCAAACCACAGGGAUUAGGAGGACUUUGCCCUAAACCCUACUUCCCAUCACAAACUGUCAGCAAACCCAGUUACCUGAACACUGGCCUAACUAGCACCAUGAAUUAUGGGAAGACUAUUCUGACUAAGGAAGCAGAUCUUGUAACCACUCAUGAGCUCGGCCACAACUUCGGAGCAGAACACGAUCCAGACAACAUGGCUCUCUGUGCACCCAAUGAUGACAAAGGUGGCAAAUUUGUCAUGUACCCUAUUGCAGUAAGCGGAGAUCAUUUCAACAAUAAGCGCUUCUCCAGCUGCAGCAAGUUUUCUGUAAGUAAGACUUUGAAGGUCAAGGCCCGUCAGUGCUUCAAGGAGAGGAGCAGUAAGCUUUGUGGGAACUCGCGUGUGGAAGAGGAUGAAGACUGUGACCCUGGACUCCUUCACCUCAAUGAUGACCCCUGCUGCACCUCUAGGUGCAAAUUCAGGAUGCAGUCACAAUGCAGUGAUAGGAACAGCCCCUGCUGCAGGAACUGUAGGUUUGAAAGUGCAGAGAAGAUUUGUCAGGAGAACAUCACUGCCACCUGCAAGGGCAUGUCAAAGUGCACAGGCAACAGCAGCGAGUGCCCCGCUCCUGGUAACCUGGCUGAUGAUACAGUUUGUGUGGAUAAAGGCCGAUGUCACAAGGGUGAAUGUAAGCCUUUCUGUGAGGCCGUGCAUAACCUUGAGUCCUGUGCCUGCAAUGAGACCGAGGAGUCAUGCAAAGUGUGUUGUAGAAACAUAGAUGGACAGUGUACUCCCUUCGUCACUAGUGAUGGAGGGUAUCUUUACCUGCGCAAGGGCAAACGCUGUACAGUUGGCUUCUGUGAUGGGGCUGGUAAAUGCAUGAAGCAAGUGCAAGAUGUCAUUGAACGCUUAUGGGACUUCAUAGACAAACUGGAUAUAAACACAUUUGGGAAGUUCUUAGCUGACAACAUAGUGGGGUCUGUGGUGGUCUUCUCUCUCCUUUUCUGGAUUCCUCUAAGCAUACUGGUGCAUUGUGUGGACAAGAAACUGGAUCAUCAAUAUGAGACCUCCAAAUCCUUGCUGUAUCCUAGUCAGAUGGUGAUGGAGGUGUGUAGUAGAGCUCUCAACUCAGAGCCUGGAGAUGAUGAGCGGUCAGGAGUCAGUUCCCCUCCGCAUCGUCAAGCCCCCUGCUCAGGCUUCGUUUUCAGCGGCAGCACGACCUCAGCCCUCACUGGGCCUCUCGGGUCCCGGCAUCUCACCGCCACAGGAGACAUUCGCCGCCCAAGGCCCCGCCAACCUCUCCGCCGCACCCAGAGCGGAUCCACUGCGAAUGGCCACCAUCGAGGAGGACCCCAGCGGCGACUCCUCUCACCUGGACGAGGGGUUGCUGGAGGAAAGGUUCCCUCCAAGCGCCACAGCUGCCAGGUCCUUCGAGGACCUCACCGGACAGGCAACGCCAAAGCGGGGGGACAAGAGACGGCUGACGAGACAGGCGCGAAUUGAUAGUAAGGAGACAGAUUGCUGAGGACAGAGGCUCAUACUACUCAUUAGUACACCCUUAUGUGUGUGCAUGACAAUUAAGAUCACUUGAUAGUGCCCUGAAAUUCAUUACAUUUACUUCAAGGGAAAGUUCACCCAAAAAUGAAAAUUCUCUCCUCAUUUACUCACCCUCAUGCCAUCCCAGAUGUGUAUGACUUUCUUUUUCUGCUGAACACAAACAAAGAUUUUUAGAAGAAUAUCUAAAAGCACAUAAAGCAGCAUUUAAGUAAUUCUCCAGUGGUUCAAUUCAUGUCUUCAGAAGUGAUAUGAUAAGUGUGUGUGAGGAACAGAUCAAUAUUUAAGUCCUUUUUAAUUAUAAAUCUCCACUUUCUUCUUUUGUUUUUGGCGAUUCACAUUCUUCAUACAUAUCGCCACCUACUGGGCAGGGAGGAGAAUUAAUAGUAAAAAAGGACUUGAAUAUUGAUCCAUUUUUCACCCACACCUAUCAUAUCACUUCUGAAGAUAUAGAUUUAACCACUGGAGUCUUAUGAAUUACUUUUAUGCUGCCUUCAUAUGAAUUUUGGAGCUUCAAAAUGUUGGUCACCAUUCACAUUCAUUGGAUGGACCUACUGAGCUGAGAUAUUCUUCUAAAAAUAUGAAUUUGUGUACAGUCUGGUAUGGCAUGAGGGUGAGUAAAUGAUGAGAGAAUUCUCAUUUUCAGGGCUCCACACAAAAAAUCAAUUAAGGAGCCAUUGGCUCCUAUAAGAAAAUAAAACAGCCGGCAAAUAAAUUGAAGUGCCACAUAAGAAUGAACUUACGUUUUACAUUUUUAAAACAUUUUCAGUCAUCCUGUCGUGUGUAUACAUCUGUCCUACUUUUACAUCGUCAGAAUUUUCUUCCAUCUUGUGGAUAUCCUGGAAACUGAAGUUCACUUAAAGUGUGAACUGAACAUCUUUUUUCAACUUGAGAAAUAUGUACAGUCACAAAGAAUUGUACUUUACACAGAAUCUGAGCCAGUGUCAUUGACCAUAAUUAUGUCAGCAUCACUUGGCCAUUGAGUGUAGUUUGGCUGCCUCCUCUUUUUUUUGGAUAAAGCCAGCGUUUGACACAUGGUUCAGGAUCAAGUGUUCUGUGCUGAUCCUGUUCAAGUCUUCCAAGGAUGACACAUGGAGUCAGUUGCGUACUUUUGAUUUAAUCCUGUUUUGAGCUGAAAAGCCACGUUCACACCGAGCAGUUGAAAUUGUUUUGAUAAACAAUAUCUCAGCUAGAUACAAAACACUCUGGAAAUCUGAGCAGUGGGGCUCUUUUGUCAGUAGGACUUCCCACAAACUGCAAUAGAAUUUAUCUGUAAACUGUCCUUUUACAAGAGUUUUCAGCAAUCUCCAUUCUGCCUGUACAGCACAGAUGUCACAUCCAUUUUUCAGCACGAUGCCUUGAUACCAUUUUAGCUGCUUGUCAAUAUCCUUUUCUCCAAAAGUGUGGACAUCGUCUGGCCAUGAAUCAUGACAAAAGACGGAGAAGCAUCUAAUGAUCUCUGCCCCUUGCGUGUUUCUGUGCUGUGUGUUGCCUCUCAUCAUUUCAGACCUCCUUUCAAGUUCCUUAUCCACCUCAAUGAAGAAACUGUAGACAUUACAGUUUAGUUCUUCACUGAAACUUGAGAGAUCACCGCCUUUAAGUGGUAUUUUCUAAAAGGAAAUGCCCAUGUAGGCAGAUGAGGCUGCCUUUUUCUGCCUUCUAGUCUGUUUUCUCUUUGAGCUUUGUCCUGCUGCAUCACAUUUUCCUGCUGAGAAACUGAAUCCAAGUUUGUGUGAUGGAGAAAUUCCUCCAACUUUCCAUUCCUCACUGGUUUGUCCUUCAUUCCCUUGAUUGUACAAACAGAGGUAUCAAUAGCUGCACAGCCUGAGGAAGAAUAAGUGAGUUCUUCUGAAGCACAAGACUCAACUUUGAGAUUUCUCCAAACAGGUCAUGGAGAAAGUGACAAAACGCCACAAAAGACAACUUUUUCAUUUGUUGCCAGAUGUGUUUUGCUCUUCCUCUUAUUUCAGUGUUUUUGGAUGAUGUGCAUGUGGAGGUGCACAGCUGUAUAUUGACCCUGACCUGUGUGAUAAGAAGCAAGAAAAACAGAAAGGUAAAUGUAAGGCAACCAGUGCUGGAUCUUCACUGCAGAAGGUGUUUGUUUGGCGCAGCCUAACUCUAUCCCGAUGGCUUUCAGCAUAUUUUUUUUUUUUUCUUUUUCACUGAAACUUUCAUGCGCAGUGUCUCAUUUUAAUACAUCAACACAACAAAUGUCCUCACAGAACACGCAAGUAUAAAGACAUUACAUACUAAUUUUUAAAUAAUAAUGUGUAAAUUUAUAUGGUCACCAGUGGUGAUCUCAGCAAAAAUAUCACUCAGAAAAUUAAUAUUUUUGUCUGUUUUAGGCACAGUCUGGAGCCCUGAUUUUGGGGUGAACUUUCCUUUUAAAUGAGCCUUAAUAUGAUUAAGGUGCAAUCAGGCUAAAUUUUUAGGUGUACAAUUUUUGUUACAUGGUGACUGCUGACUAAUUUCGGUUCUGCUACAUUUUGUUGCAUUCCUUUAUUAUAGAAUUGUAUAUGUUACUAAAAAGCAACUAAAUGCUAGCGACUGUCAAGAUGAAUUAUUAACAUAUGCUAAAGAUAGUAAUUAAAAGUUUAAUUCUGGGUUAAAUACAAUUUAAACUCCAUUAAUAGUGUUUGUGCUAUGGAUUAGCACAGAAAACAUUUUCAACUUGUCCCAUAAUUUGUAAAAACAAGCUAAAAACAGUAAUACACAUACAAUGGAAAUUUGAGGCAACAAUUUGUCUUCCAUUGCAUUGUAUGUGCAUUACUGUCAAGGCAAUUUUGUUUGUUUUUACAAACUGAGCAAUUAGUAGAAAUCAUUUUUUAUGGUAUAAAACAAUCAACAGCCUGCCAUAGAUGCUGUCUGAAAUAUUCCUUUAAUGCAGCAUGUGCCUUGUAUCACAGUUUCAGUAGUGCUUUGGAAGCUACAGUUGCUUGAGUGCAUUCAAUUCUCAUUAAAUUAUUAGGACAAUUCAUUCAUUUAUACCUCAUUAAGAAUAUGAGCAGCAUACAGCACAGUUCCGUACAAGUAAUUACACUUUUAAUGUUACACUGGUCUACUUUAUAAGAAAAUUCAGCUAUGCAUAUCCUAUUCCAUAUGUAUAUGAAUUUAAUUUCGUACCUGUGGGAACUGUUAGAGGAGAUGCUGUUUAUUUGUUUGUUUUAACAUUUUAUGGCUUUAUGAUAGAAAUUGCACUGGAUGUUUAAACCAAUUUAAUGUGUUUUAUCAUAAGAAUUGUUCAUCUCAUGGCAUGACAUUUUUUUGGUAAUAUGGAGGUAAAAAUAUAUGAAUCACUGAUUAUAGAGCAAAGGAUGUGCAUUUCACUGAAGAAAAAAUAAAUCCUACUGUUCUGUUUUUAGUGUUUCUCCACUGUGAAAUAUUUCAGUUCAUUUUUAAAGUGAAUUUUCAAUGUUUGUAUAAUGUGACUGCACUGUUAGUUAUCUUUUAGGCAGGAUCAGUCAUCUCUAAUUUCUUAUGUGCCAAAAGUCAAUGAACUAAGUAUAUAUUUUUAAUGUUUCUUGUAUAUCAAAUCAAAGGUAAUGAUUAAAACAUCUCAUUUGAUUGAGGUCAUU